CACAAAUCUUCGAAGAGAAGCUGAGGAGAUUGCGCAACUCCCCUCCCCUACUACACAAACUUUCAAUUUUACAGCACUUCCUCAAAGGCUCAAACUCCUCCUUCCCGCUCAUCGCAGGCCAUUAGGGUUUUCCAGGUUCAUAAUUUAUUUGCCCUCUUCAUCGACAAAACCGUUCAUUUUUCCUCAAUCCCCCCUCAAAGGUUUUAAUUUUUUAUAGGAAAGAUGAACCCGCCGGUUAACUUGACCGAAGGCGCAAUAGCACUGAUCAGCACGCCCGAAGCGCAGACUGCUGACCUGAAGCCGGUGCUGCAGGUCUCGGAUAUACGGCUCGUGAACUCCCAGAAUCCGAGCAGCGGGAAUGACCGCUACCGGAUUAUGCUAUCGGACGGUGGUUUCCUCCAGCAAGGCAUGUUGGCCACGCAGCGUAACGAUCUUGUUCGGUCCGAGAUGCUCCAGAAGGGGUCAAUUAUCCGAUUGACUCAGUUCGUCUGUAAUGUCAUUCAAAGUCGCCCCAUAAUAAUUAUCCUUGACCUGGAUGUCAUUCUUGACAAGUGUGAUCCUAUUGGGAUGCCAAUACAACUUCCGAACAAGACAAACGGUAACAGCCCUUCGAUGUUAAGGCCCCCAGCACAAGUUCAGCAACAUACACCUGCUCAACCUUCUAUGAAUUAUCAGUCCGGUUAUGUGUCCGGAAAUCCUCAAUCUUUUAGUCCACCUGGUGGUGCUACUGGCUUUGAUAGUAAACCAAAAGCACCAUUUGAGACAAAUCGACAUGUUGGCAAUGGUACUAUCAGCCACAUGGACUCAGGUCGAUAUAAUAAUAUCUCAAGUGGGUCCAUUUACUCCAAACCAGAAUCUGGUGCUGGGAUUGCCAGGGGUCCCACAAACACUUACUUGCGCCCACCUCAGCCUUCAUACCAGCAACCGCCUCCACCAAUGUAUUCAAACAGGGGACCUAUAGCUAAAAAUGAAGCACCUGCACGUGUUAUUCCUAUUGCUGCUCUGAAUCCUUACCAAAAUCGGUGGACAAUUAAGGCUAGAGUGACUGCAAAAGGGGAACUUAGACACUACAAUAAUGCCCGUGGUGAUGGUAAGGUGUUCUCUUUUGAUCUUCUUGAUUCCGAUGGUGGGGAAAUAAAAGUGACGUGCUUUAAUGCUGUGGCUGACCAAUUUUACCACGUGAUUGAACCUAAUAAAGUAUAUUUAAUUUCAAAAGGUAGUGUGAAAGUAAUUCCAGAGAGAAGCAAACCUUUUAACACUCUACGUAAUGAUCAUGAGAUUCAUCUUGAGACCACUUCGGUUAUACAGCCUUGUUUAGAAGAUGACAAAUCAAUUCCGCAGCAGCAGUUUUUCUUUCGGCCCAUAAGUGAUAUAGAGGACUUGGACAACAAUAGCAUUCUAGAUGUGAUUGGCAUAGUCUCUUCUGUUAGUCCCAGUAGUACUAUAAUGAGGAAAAAUGGGACUGAAACAAUAAAAAGAUCCCUCCAACUGAAAGACAUGUCUGGCAGAAGUGUUGAAUUGACUAUGUGGGGAAAUUUCUGCAAUGCUGAAGGCCAAUCACUUCAGAACAUGUGCGAUUCUGGUGUGUUCCCUGUGUUGGCAGUGAAGGCAGGAAGAGUCAAUGAUUUCAAUGGGAAAGCUCUAGGGACAAUAUCAUCAAGUCAACUGCUCAUAGAACCUGAUUUUCCAGAGGCUCACAAGCUUAAGGAAUGGUUUGACAGAGAGGGGAAGAAUGCCCCUACCAUAUCCAUCUCUAGAGAAUCAUCCAUUGGCCGGACAGAUGUUAGAAAGACCAUCUCUCAGAUAAAAGAUGAAAGAUUAGGGACUUCUGAGAAGCCUGAUUGGAUUACCAUAAGUGCCACCCCUAGUUUCAUCAAACCCGAAAACUUUUGCUACACUGCAUGCCCCCUUAUGAUUGGGGACAGGCAGUGUAAUAAAAAGGUCGUAAAUAACGGAGAUGGAAAGUGGCUUUGUGAAAGAUGUGAUCGGACAAUCGACGAAUGUGAUUAUCGAUACAUUCUUCAGUUCCAAAUUCAGGAUCACACUGGAUUGACUUGGGUCACUGCUUUCCAGGAAACUGGGGAUGAGAUGAUGGGCGUAUCUGCAAAAGAUUUGUAUUUCAUAAAACACGAAGAGCAAGACGAUGAUAGGUUUCAAGAAAUCAUGCGUAGUGUUCUUUUCAAAAAGUAUAUUUUCAAACUGAAGGUGAAGGAGGAGAUGUUUAGUGAUGAGAUGCGUGUGAAAUCAACUGUAGUCAAAGUAGAGAAGGUGAAUCUCCUAACAGAGACCAAAUUUGUUCUUGACUUGAUCAAUAAGUUCGAAGCAGGGGAUGAAUUGAACCCUCUAGCUCGAAAUGCUGAAAAUGCAGCUCCAAGCUCGGUUGGGAUAAAUAAUGCCACAUUUGGGAGUGGGGUUAGAGAAAGUGGGAGUAAUGUUAUCAAUUAUGGUGCCAGUAUGGCAAACAGAGUGCAGUCAGCAGAUCAAACUAGUCCAUAUGGAAACCAAUAUGGUGGGUCUAGGAUGACGCAGUCUACUUCCGCUUUGUACUGUAACAGCUGCCGUGGUGCGGGCCAUACUGCUGCUAACUGUCCUACACUCACAAGGGAUCAGCAAGUCCAGGGGUAUGGAGGUGGUGGCGGAUUCAGCAGCCGCACAGCUUCUGGGGGAAGUGGUGGCACGUCAGGUAACUGCUUUAAAUGUGGUGAGGCUGGACAUUGGUCUAGAGAUUGCCCUGGUGGCAACAUUCCUCCAGCUUAUGGAAGCAAUAUUUCUAAUUCUGGAAGAUUUGGGAAUGUUCCAAGGCAACAUGUCGGGGGGUUUUGAGUUUGGGAAACCCGAAACAGCCAUUGUGGUGUUCAUGGCACCCAUUGAUGGAUGUUCUUGGCUGGUGAAUCCCAAUCUUGACUCGUCUCCUUGUAUAUUAUAUACUCGUAUUUGUUUCUUUUGGAUUUUUGCUUCUCCUUAGUUCGUAUUUUGCAAUUUCUGCUUUUUGUGGUUUAGAUUUUGUGUAAUAUAGUUGGGAAGAGUUUACUUUUGAAUACGUAGUAGUGUAGUACUACGUAUAUUUUAUUAUUACUUCCUCUUCCAUUGUUUUUAAAUACGUAGUUUUUACAAAUUCCUGUUUUUA